UCUUCUACUUCUCUGCUGCUGCAUUUUCAUCAUCUUAACUUCAACACCUCUCUCCGGGUUGCGAAGAAUCGCAAUGACGAACUCCAUGGCCCCCCCUCCCCCCAUAAACCCUAAUUUACCAGAUACCGCCCCUUCAAUGCCUCCUCCUCCCGACUCAACAGAACCCCAACCUCCGCCGCCGCCGCCUCGCGAUUCGCUCAAGCCUCCCUCUCAGGGUGCUGAGGUUCCUUACAAGAUUCCCCCGUGGAGCGCUGCCCCCUGUCACCAGUUCUACCUGGAGGUUCUCAAGGACGGUUCCAUCAUCGACAAAUUCGACGUGUGCGAGAAAGGAGCUUACAUGUUCGGCCGAUUGGAUCUCUGCGACUUCGUGCUCGAGCACCCCACUAUUUCUAGGUUUCAUGCUGUUAUUCAGUUUAAGAGAAGUGGUGAUGCAUAUCUCUAUGACCUUGGGAGUACUCAUGGAACUUUUUUGAACAAAAAUCAGGUGGAAAAGAACACAUAUGUUGACUUGAAUGUUGGUGAUGUCAUUCGAUUUGGCAGGUCAUCUCGCAUGUUCAUUUUUCAAGGACCACCUGACUUGAUGCCUCCUGAAACUAAUGCAAAACUUAUGAAAGAAGUGAAGAUGCGGGAAGCAAUGCUAGAUAGGGAAGCUUCAGUGCGAAGAGCAAGACAGGAAGCAUCCCUUGCUGAGGGUAUAUCUUGGGGCAUGGGUGAGGAUGCUAUUGAAGAAGAAGAGGACGAUGCUGAAGAAGUAACGUGGCAGUCAUACAAAGGACAACUUACAGAGAAACAGGAAAAAACCCGUGAGAAAAUAAUCAAAAGGAUGGAAAAGAUUGCUAAUAUGAAGAAAGAAAUAAAUUCUAUACGAGUUAAAGACAUUUCUCAGGGUGGAUUAACUCAAGGUCAACAGGUUCAAAUUGCUAGGAAUGAACAGAGAAUAACGCAGAUAUUGGAAGAAGUCGAGAACUUGGAAGAGACAUUGAAUGAUAGUAUUAGAGAGAGCCUUGGUGCACGUACAGGAAAAAUGUCUCAUGGCAAGAAGAAAGGCGCAAUUGAAGAAGAAGAAGAAUAUGUUAGUGAUGAUGAUGAAUUUUAUGACCGUACCAAGAAAAAGCCUUCACAUCAGAAACUUGGUGACAACCAAUCUGUUGAGACUGCAGAUACUCUUCUUGAUAAGAGAGAUGCCAUCACCAAUGAAAUGAAUGAAAAGAGAGAGUUGCUUAUGAUUGAAAAGAACAAUAUGUUGUCAAAGUCAAAGAGUGCUACCCAAGAUGAAGUUGAUGACUCACUUGAUGCGUACAUGUCAGGGCUGUCAUCUCAACUAGUGCAUGAUAAAAGUGUGCAACUUGAAAAGGAAUUGUCAACUCUUCAGUCUGAGCUUGAUAGAGUAUGCUACCUGUUGAAGAUUGCUGACCCAACAGGAGAAGCUUCCAAGAAGCGGGAGUUGAUGGCUCAAGAACCCAAACCAAAAAAAUCUGAAAAUAUCUCUAUCGUCAAGAAGAAGCCACCUGUAGAAGCACAGACAAGCACUGAGCCUUGUGCAAAGGCAGAUAACAGGAAAGUUAAGAAACCACCUGUGGAAACCCAGAUUAGGGAGACCUCUGUCAAAUCAGAUGACUGUAUAGAAGGAGAAAAAGCUAUAGCUGCAACAUCGGGUUUAGACAAGUCAGAACCUAGCCGUGACAAGUUGGAGGCUGAGAAUGUUGUAUUUGCUGUACCAAAGCCCCAAUGGCUUGGAGCUGUAGAGGAUAGAGUUGCAGAUGAUACCCAACAGUCGAUGCCCUCACUGAACGUGGGUGACACUGACGAGUCCAAUCAGUUUGUGGACUACAAGGACAGGGGCAAAAUUUUGGGCAGUGGUGAUAGUUCAAAGGCUUCAGCGGAAUUUAAAAUUGAGUCUGCUGCUGGUCUAAUUUUAAGGAAACGGAAGCAAGUUGAGACAACCGCGGCAAAUAGUAAUGACACCUCUCAACAACUGACAUCUUCCACGUCAGGGGAAAAAAUGGCUGAGGAUGCUGUGGCACUACUAUUGAAGCACAAUAGGGGGCUGUAUACUGAUGAGGAGGAGGAAAGAAGUGAAGCCCAAGAAAGGAGGGGCCCUAAACGAGUGCUUGGGCCUGAGAAACCGUCCUUCUUGAAUAAUGAGAUGGAUUAUGACUCGUGGAUUCCACCUGAAGGACAAUCAGGUGAUGGACGUACUUCCUUGAAUGAUAGAUUUGGCUACUAAGGUCGGUUGAUGUGAACAUUUACCUAUGUAUAUUGGCGAGGGAGCAGACAUACUUACUCAGCAUUGAUGCACUUAAAAGCAGGGUUUUGGUUAAAUAUGACUUUCAGUGACUUCAAAUCCCUUUUAAAGAAGUGAAAGGAUGAUGAAGUUUGUUGGUGAAAAGACUGAUGUAGCAGACACAUGGCGGCUCGAAAAGCUUUUUAAAUGUAGUGACAGACAGAUGAACUUCACUGAUACCGUUGUCAAAUGCUUGCCGCAUGUUCUUAGUAGAGGUUUGAAUGAGGCAGGCUACGCCAUUCCUGUUCUGAUUAUAAAUAACAAAGCAGUUUAGACCCAAAACUCAUGCUACUGUCCUUUGGAAUGUAAUGCCUGCUUUGAUGCCAUUAUAAAAUGUCGGUGCUUUUCA